CCAUUUUCCAACCGGAUCAACAUUUGUCGGGUGAGAAAUUCGUUCGCAGAUAGGAACGAGCCCUUCUCUCUCUCUGUUUCUCUUUCUCCACCGUAGAAGGAAGAAGACUGGACUCGGUAGAGAGAAUUCGGUGGUUCAAUAGCAUUUCUGGUAGAGGGAACGUUCAAAAUAACCGUGUUGGUCGUCGAACUAGGCGAUAGUCACGCAAUGGAUCAGAUAUUGAACAAGGUAGGCUCGUAUUGGCUUGGCAAGAAGGCAAGCAAGGAGAUCAACUCUGUAGGCGAUGAUCUCAAUUCCUUGCAAAGCAGUAUUGAAGGAGGAACUAAAUGGUUCGUGAACAAAAUCAAAGGAAAAAUGCAAAAGCCAUUGCCUGAGUUACUGAAGGAAUAUGGAUUGGCUAUAGGAAUUUUCCCUCGUGAUGCCACCAACUAUGAGUUUAAUGAAGAGACUGGAAAGAUUACUGUAUUUGUUCCCUCGGUCUGUGAAGUGGGAUACAAGGACUCAUCCGUCCUGCGUUUUGACACGACUGUAACUGGAUAUCUGGAGAAAGGGAAGCUAGCUGAUGUAGAGGGUAUGAAGACAAAGGUUAUGAUUUGGGUUAAGGUCUCUUGUAUUACAGCGGAUGGAUCAAAGGUCCAUUUCACAGCUGGGAUGAAGAGAAGCAGGAGCAGAGAGGCUUAUGAGGUCCUUAGAGAUGGAGUAAGUGUAGAGAAGUUUUGAAGUGGCAUGAUUGCUUCAGAGACUUAUCUUUAUGAAAUGUACUUGGUUGCACGGCUUUGGACCUGGCAUAUAUAUUGUGCAAGAACAAUCUGCAGAAUAAAAUUUUAUGUCUUCCCUGUGUUUGUCACUUUUGAUUAAAGUGGGGCUGUUCGUCUUAACAUUGAUCUUCAACAUUUUCGAUUUUCCA